UUUCCUUUUUUUUCUUUAGGAGCUUCUUUUGAUCAAGAUCUUGAAUCAACACCCAUUGCCUCCUUUUGAACUCUCUCUCUCUCUCUCUCUCUCUCUCUCUCUCUCUCUCUCUCUCUCUUUCUCUCUCAUAUCUGUGACCAUGAACGGCCCUGAAAACCCUAACCCUAAUUACACUUGCUUCGAAGAGACGGUCAAUCUGUCGGAGUUCCAAUUAUCGGACUAUCUCCUUCUUGAAGACGGUUUCAAGGAAGACUUGUCGGCGAAAAUGACUGCUAAUUCCGAGGAGAAUUCCGGGGGCAGCUCCAACGGAUUCGCUCAUCACGAAGACGGCGAGAGAAGAAACAGUAACAUAAGAUGCAAAAGAGGGAAGAACAAGUUAGAUACUGGAAUUAGGGUCGCAUUCAGGACCAAAUCGGAGCUCGAGGUCAUGGAUGACGGAUUCAAAUGGCGAAAGUAUGGGAAGAAAUCAGUCAAGAACAGCCCUAACCCUAGGAAUUACUAUAAGUGCUCAAGUGGAGGGUGCCACGUGAAGAAGAGGGUGGAGAGAGACAGGGACGACUCGAGCUACGUUAUAACGACAUAUGAGGGCGUCCACAAUCACGAGAGCCCAUGUCUUGCGUACUACAACUACAGGCAGACGAGGCCCACCGUGGACGCCGUCGUUUCCGGCGGUUGGGAUCCGCAGGCUCCUCCACACUAUUCCAGCUGAUCUCCCUCCUCAGGCAGAGGCCUUCAAAGUCCUCCUUUGCCGUACUUAAAUUACUCUCGACACGUAUUGUACUCGCACAAGAGGCUCACAUGGGUAACGUCGUCUCUCAAUGAGUAUUAAUGUUCGAAUUUUCUUUGCCAUGA